AUCUUACUACACAGGCCCGUAAACUUGUGGCUUGUGUGUAGAAGGAGAGAAGCAGAGAGUGUCUAUAUACUUACUCUACCAGUUAUGAGUGGGACUGACAGAGGAUAUGGGGUUGGCCUAAGUCCCAGUGCUUGGGAGAAGAGGAACAAACAGCUCCAGAACUGGGAGUCUUCGGACACUAACCACCAGCCAUCAUAUCCUCUACCGACUAGAAAAUCAAGAGUUCACUUUUCUAAGGAUGUCAUGUUCCUUGCUGCUGUUAAUGCCGGGGACGAGGAGGAGGUAGAACGGCUCUUAACUGAAGAAGGAGCUGACAUUAACUGUCGAAAUAAUGACGGAUUGAGUGCUGUUCAUCAGUGUUGUAUCGACGAUGACAUCGACAUGCUUAAGGUGAUCAUCAAAAGGGGCGGAGACAUUAACUCUGUUGACAAUGAAGGAUGGACUCCAUUACAUGCAGCUGCUUCCUGUGGAUACAUACAUAUUGUCAAGUAUUUGUUGGAAUGUGGUUCUUUUCCAGCUUCUAUUAACAAUGAUGGCCAAACUCCCUCUGAUUUAGCUGAGGAUUAUGAUGAAAUAGUUGAAGUAUUGCAAUCUGAAAUCAAUAGACUAGGAAUUGACAUUGAUGAUAUAAAGUGUGAGGAAGAAAGGCGCAUGUUAGAAGAUGCCAAUAAAUUGCGUAACAAUCCCGAGGUUGAAUCUGUUCUUUGCACUGGGGGAGCCACCCCUCUCCAUGUGGCAGCUGCCAAGAACUACACCACAGUACUGAAUGUCCUUCUCUCUAUCAAGGAAUUGGAUAUUAUUAAUGCAAGGGAUGACGAUGGUUGGACUCCAUUACAUGCUGCGGUUCACUGGGAGAGCAUGGAGGCUGCUGAACUCUUAAUAUUAAAUGGAGCUAACGUAUUUGCUAAAACUGAUGCUGGUGAAGAAGCAGAUGAUCUUGUUGAUCCAGAACUAGAAGAAGAAUGGAAAGAAUUGAAGAAACUGAACAGUCGUAUCAAUCCCGAACAAGAAAUUACAAGAAGACGUUACCAAGUAUCUCGUCGCUCCUCCAACACCUUCUCUCAUACGAACAGUGUCGAUAACAAGUAUCACCAGCCAAUCUCAAGGAGGCACUCGAAAGAGAAGCUGACAAUGAGAGACAUGAAGAAAGAAAAGGAGGACAUGAUUCAGAGUUUUGAGAAACUAGACGAAGAAAUUAAUAAUUCUAACUCUAGUCCGCAGACCACACCUACUUCUCAAGUUUGCCCCACCCCCAUGUCUAAUAUUAACAAUAACUCAUCACCAAUUCCAGUACCAGCAGGAUCUACUGGUGCCCCGCCCCCAAUGAUACGCACUAACAGUAGCGGAUCCAAUGGGGGGAGCCCCAAGAACAGCAGGAGGAAAGGAGAGCUGUCAAAGAACAUGCUGGACAGAUUGAAUGUGUUUCAAAGUCCAGCAGGACCAACUGGCAGUUCAUCAGUUACCACAUCAACCCCUUCACCUUCCGUUAGUUCUAAUAAUACUAACACUGAACGUAAGAAGAUAGAUAGUUCUGAAGCAACAGUUCGUUUGCGUGUUAGUGAGCAGACAGUAGGGGGUGUGGCUAAUCCUAAAAACAGGUUUUCGUUUCAGCCUAAACCGGUAGCAGGAGCAGGCACUCCUCAAGGUAAAACAAUGUCCCUUGAAAGAGGAACGGAAGCAAGCCUUAUCAAAGAGACUAGCUAUACGCCUCCAGGAGGAGCAGGAAGAACUAUUGUCGAAUCCAAACCAAUCAGGAAGCAUCAAGAACCGACCAAUACUAGCCUAUCAGAAACCGUACCUGCUGGACAGCAAGCCACGCCCACUGGACAACAAACCACACCCACUGGACAACAAGCCACGCCCAUUGUGGAACUAGCCACACCUACUAAACUUGACAGUUCGGCUACGGAUAGCAGCAGUAUUUUGAGUGACAGAUCAGUAACUACUCAACCUGAAGCAAGGAGAAGAACCAAUGCCAAGUCAAAGAGAGAGGCUCGUAGAUCCACUCAACCUUUACCAACUGACCUACUGGAGAGGAUUACCAAACAUGAUCAAAUGGAAGAACAACAACUGAACACAACAACUGAUGGACAAACAACAACUGAUAAACAAACAACAACUGAUAAACAAACAACAACUGAUAAACAAACAACAACUGAUAAACAAACAACAACUGAUAAACAAAUGUUGGAUAUAGCUAGUUCUGUUUCCAAUCACAUUCAAUCUACUGAGACCACACCCACAAUGACUGUACCAACUUCAGUUGAUCGUGUCACUGCUUAUGGUAAAGGAGAUAAACGUGUAUCGUUGACCACACCCACCACUAGCCAAGUGACCACACCUACUUCUGCUAAAGAAGAUAAAACAUUACCUGCUGGUAGCCCAAAGGAUCAAUCAAUCACAGAAACCUCGAGUCCGUUGCCUCGUACUAAAUCAAGUACCAGGAGGAAACCGAAAGAGAAGAGGAGAAGUACUGGGAUACCGACUGAAGUUGACUCUGAGUGUGAGAUUCCUGAUAAUUUAAAAGGUAUAAUUAAUCACUCAAGAUCAGAAUCAGCUGAUAGUAAUGACAGUAAUGGGCUAGCUAAUAAUGUGUUUGAUAUACAAGGUACUGAAGGCUCGUCUGUUUCUAGUGCUACAAUUGAUUAUUAUCAACAAGAAAUGGCUUCACUUAAAAAGCUUUUAUCUGACGAGAGGAAAAAGAAUGAGACCCUAAUGCACACGUAUCAUCACACUUGUAACAAACUGGAAACUGUUGAAAAGGAACUGAACGAAUUAAAAAUAAAGUUUGAUAAAGAAAGAAUGGAGGGAGAGCAAAAAGAAAAGAGAAUAAUACAACUGGAGAAAUCACAAAGAGGUAUUCAAGAAUUAAAGACAGAGAAUCAAAGACUAAAAGACGAGAAUGGGGCAUUAAUUAGAGUAGUUGGUAAACUGUCACGAGCCCCUUUUAAUUCAUAAACACACACACACACACACACGCACGCAUACAUACGUACAUAUAGAAAGAGAAUAUCUAAUCAUAAUGACUUCAUUAAAUCAAAUAUUUUAUCAUUGUUAAUGUAACAUUGGUGGUGUGGCCAAACCACACCCAUAUACUUAUAGUUGUGAUUAAUUUAACUGUCCCAAUCUUUAUUAUUAUUAUUAUUAUUGUUUUGUUUCAUUCCA